GGUCAAAAGCCACAUCAGGCGGCGACAUCAGCUGGUCGCAUCAGAGGGAAGACCACCGGCGGUCACCCGUGAGCUGCUUCACCAUGUCUGACGCUGAUGUCCUGCAGAUGCCCACCGGUGCUGUGGGAACCAGCAGAACCAACAGAAGUCUGCGUCUGCCUUCCUGUCUCUCCAGUUGGCCGGCUCAAGUUAUCGCCACGUUUGUCAUCGGACUGGUGUCAGCAGCUCCAGCAGGUCUGCUUCUGGGGAAGACGGUGGUGGUUUUACUGAAGUCUCUGGAGCUUCUGGCUGAAAACAAGCCGAUCAUGGACAACCUGCAACACUACAUUUUAAACUAUUUUGACUCAGACACUGGAAAAUUCACGUCCCACGGAAGCCGCAAUGACCACGUUCUGAACGUGUUCGUGUCAGUGUCUGUGGAGGAGUUUGGUAUCGUGUUGGCAGGUUUAUCAUCAGUUAUCGGCAUCUUUGUUGGUCUAUCCGCAUAUGUCCUAGUGAUUAAAAGAUAUGGUGACGCAGCGAUGGAGAAGGCCCUGACUCUGGCUGGCACCGUGUGUCUGAUGAGUAUCACUGCAUCAGGGUGCAUUCUGGGUCUUGCUUUAGAAACAUUUCUAUCAAUUGAAUCCACUACUUUGGGUGUAUUCUGUUUUUUAUCUUUAGCCUUAUUUAUAUUAAUCUGUCUGCUCAUUUACAAAUGUGAUCUAUACUUGACAUUUAUGUUCUUCUUUUUUUAUUUCCCACUAAUGUGUCUACAUAUAUUAAUUAUGAUUACAAUUGCAAUGACCAUUUUAAAAACCAAAUUGCUUCUAUUAUUCCCACUACUUCCUAUUUUGACUCUAAGCAGAUUCAGACACACAUCCAACAUCUUAAAGAACAUGGCACCUCUUCCUCUGAUGCUGAUCAUAACAGAUGUAUUCAACUUGGCCAAACAGCCCAUAGCUGCUGUUCAGUCCUCAACAAACCCGAACGGCGAUGUAGUCGAGGGGCUUUUUGUUGGAUGCAUCGUUACUCAGCUACUGGUGGUCGUGGUCGGAGUAACCUUAUUUGAGUCUUGGCAGAGAGGCGGAGCAGCAAAAAUCUGUGCUGCUGCUGCAGCCUUGGGUGGAGCAGUUUUAACAGUUGUAGAGUCGGUUCUCCAGAGACUGGGUCCAGGUCCCACUAUAGGAGCUCUGAUGGGGGUGGCGGGGGCAGCAGGGGUGUCUCUGGCUGCAGCGGGGGCUGUAACACACCAGUAUGGAGACGGAGUGAAGUUUUCACUAGGAAAGCUGGGUGAGACGGUGGGAGUAGCUGUGGGAGCUUUUGCAAUGUCAUGUCUCCACAGCGGGCUGUCCAGUACGUUCAUGGUUCUGUUUGCUGCUACGAUACCUACCGGUGUUUGUCCUGAACUGCAUGACUUCUACAUGAGGCACCGAAAGUCUGGUGUAUUUAUAUUGUUUUUAUGCAUAGUCACAAGCAUGUACUUAUUACUAUGGUUAUAUGUUUCCUGCACCAAUCUCUUUGCAAGAAUUGUGUCUUUUUGCAUAUUUGAAAUACCUUUGGUGUACCUUUGUAGCUGUAUGAAAAGAUUAUAGGUAAUAAUUGCUCGGGGGUCAUGUUCUGGAUCUCUGGAAAGCGCCUGACAACAUCUGUUCUAAUAGAUGCUAUAUUAAUAAAACUGAAUGACAUGAUGACUUUUUUCUUCGUGCACCACAAUCCCUGAAAACAUCCCGAAAGCCAGUGGCCCUCCAGGACCUGGACUGGGAAACUAAGCGCAGGAGUCCUGCUCCCAGAAGGUGUUCCUGAUCUGUUGUUGUUCUUUUCUCUUUCCUCCCUGUUGAAAGGGAGUUGUUCUUUCCCAUGUUCGCCCGGUGCUUGCUCAGGACGGGGGACUGUAUCAAAGAAGGUUUUUAUGCAAUCUGCUGGUUUGCUUAUCGAAGCAAUUAUUAUCGUUAUUUUAUUGGCUCUGUAUUGUUUGGACAAUAUUGAAAUUACUUUUAAGGUCAAAAUAGACCCGAGCACAUGUUUGAAAUCUGUAUUUUUUCAUCGUUUCGGCUUUCCUUAAGCAUAAUUAAAUAUUAUGGAAACACCUGUAAUGUAUACGUUGACGAUGGAAGGAUUAAAAAAAAAAAAUAAAACAAAACCUUUUUUCAACAUUGAAUAAAGGUAUAGGUUGUUGUCUGAUGUUUUACAGUCUAUGUUUAUGUCGUUCUGCUGUUGGUGAACAUUGGUGAACAAUUACAGUUCAGUGGGACUCAAUUAUGGUUCAUCCCAUUCUCCUCCUUCAAACAUACACUCCCAACAUUAAUCUGUGAUCAUUGCACAUGUUUGUAACUCUUCCGGACC